GGGGCUGGUCUGUGUCACUGCCCACUGGCUCAAAUUCCAGUCGCAUCAACACUAACAGGCGGCGAGUCAUGCGCCCUCUAAAGGACAGCACCCCCGAUGGAUGAGGCAGUCUACCACUCAGCGCCGUCCAGGGUGGUGGGUAGAACACUUCAUCGCGCGAGUUGCAGGAAGCAUCUGGAACACAGGCCGGCUGCGAGAGCCAAACAGAAGAUGAGACUGUCUCCCCUCCUAGUGAUAGUUGCCGCAACGCUCGGCGAGGCGUGGGCUGGCGCAUGUGGCGAGCAGCAGUACGGCCGACUUCCGCCUCUGCUGGUCACCACUGCUGAGACACCCACCGUUUACGCCUGGCCUGAGCAGAAGGUCGAGCUCCACUGCCGGCCGUCCCAGGCCGGCGGCUGUCGGUGGCUGAAGGGCUCCAGAGAGCUGGGCACCGAGUGUCGUCUGAGCACCACUGAGCGCGGCACGAUACGGUGUGUCCGCGGAGAGGAGACGUGCGGCACCGUCACAAUAAAAAACCCGAACAAUCAGGCCGUCGAACACACCUACAAAUCCUACCAUCAACGCAAUAGUUACCACUACAGACGCAGCCAUCAAUAUUGGGACUACAAAGGCGAGACUAGAUGGAACCGCAAGCCUUCGACUUUUCUAUGUUCCCGGUCGGGCACCAUCAUUCUCAAAAGCAAGGUGUGUGAUGGUAUCAGAAAAUGCAGCAAAGGUGAAGACGAAUGGCACUGCUCGCCGCCCUGCGGACCGCCAUAUGUGAGCGAGAACACCAAGCUCUCCGAUCCAAAGGAGGAGUACCCGGACGGCAGUCACGCCACCUACAUCUGCGAGAACGGUUUCAGUCUCGCCGAGUCUCUGAGCGGGCUACGGAGGACGUGCCGCGCCGGCCGGUGGGACGGGGCCGCGCCCGUCUGCCGACGCAAUAUCGCCCUGGGACAGCCCAUCACCGUUACUGGUUUGCCGAUGGCAGACUGCAAAGUCGCUGUGGAUGGCUCGCUAGACACCUGGUGCAUGCUGGCACCCAGCAACGGCCCCAAGGUCCUGGCUGUCCGCCUGGUGACUAACGUUACUGUGGAGAGGGUACUGGUGCGCGCGAUGGGUACACGCUACACCGUGGCGUUGCGGCCAGUGAACCAGACCAAUAACGAAGUCGACUGUCCGUGUCAGGAGCUGAGUAGCGACAAAAUAACGCUAUCAGUGUCUGGAGUGAGAGUCUGCGUCUGCCCCGAGCAAGCGUCGACCGUCGGGCAGCUCGAGGUGCGGGUGUCGGCCGAGACAGGCGCCUUCCUGGCGCUCUCAGUGGCAGACGUCGUGGCGCUGGGGAGGUCCGAUGAUGAUAACGGGGACGCGUGUGCACUCCUUGGUCAACCAGCACACGGACGGUACGAGCCGGCACAGACGGGCACUGUCAAACUCUCGUGCGACCCGGGCUACACCCCGUCCUGUUCCGACUCUGUCCGGUGCUCCGACCUACAGAGCGGUACCGCCCGCCUGAGCUGCUUGGCCGCAGAAUGUCCGUCCCCGCCCGCCAUCCCCAACACCAAGACCGGCCCGAAGAACGGCACCGGCUGGCGCUCUGUGGUCGAGUACAGCUGCGCCGCCGGCUACGCCCUGUACCCGUCCGAACAGAACACUACCUCGACAUGCGACUCGGACAGCCUAUGGUCGCUCGGACACAUCUCCUGUGUCUCCGAGACCGAUAUCCGCGUGGUGGCCAUGCGGCUGGGCGAGCAGCACGAGCGCAGUAUGGCCGCGCUGCGUGCGGAGCUGGAGACCCCGCUGAUGAACCUGUUAGCUGACCAGAAAAGCACCGAGCAGCGGCUGAGCAAGCUGGAGCUCAGCAUGGCCGCACAGCGUGCAGAGCUGGAGACCCUACUGAAGGGCCAGCUAGCUGACCAGAACAGCACCCAGCAGCGGCUGAACAAGCUGGAGCGCGAGGUGGCGCGGCUGGGACUGGCCGCCGGAGCGUACCUGCCCGCUCAGGAGAGAGAUCCGACGGAGGACGCUACUGAGCCCGCACCCGAGGAGGAGGGUGUGACACAGACUCCAGAGGCAGGGAUAGACCGCGCUGUGGUCACCAGUCCCGAGCAGCAGUCGGAUGGCGCCGCGGACUCCGAGGAGCUGGGAGAGGGGACAGCUGAGACCACCCCGCCGUCAGACGUGGAGCUGAUCCCUUGGAUUUACUGAUCCAUCCACAGACACUCGCAUCCUUCUCUGAACCGUGAAUUGUGCCGCCCUGAAGGGUCACCAUAUCCGACCUGAGAGGUACCCGGCGCGCUUGCCAGUGGUUCGUGGUUUCUGUGCGGGAACUAAAAUACCGCCAUCCACUAGCCGCCUGCCACGCACAGGACGGAGGUAACCCUAUACUGCUGACUUUCCUGAACCUUCAUCGCGAUGAAGGUUCAGGCCCAAUACUCCCGCGGGAGUAUUGGGCCACAAUUGUGAGUUUACAUCUUGCCCAGAGGCGUCUCCAGGGAUAGUUUCCGGGAGGCAUGCUUUCGCGAAGCAUCUGCUUCGCAGACAUUCGCCGCCUCGCCAGUUAUUUUGUUUGCAUCGGCAGUGUUGUGGCUGGAUUGGCUAUGCCGCGCAAAUAUAAUAUAUUGUCGUAUAUUA